AUGGCUCCACGAGAAGCCCCCGUAGCUGGCAGCUUGCGGCCUUUUGACCCUACAGCAUACACUAGCAAGGCCAAAGCCGCCAAGGUCGAGGCGUCGCCGUCGGAUCCGACGACCGAUGCUAAAGCGGAUGUCAGCGCCAACGUGCAGACCUCGACUGGUGGCAAACCAAGUCUGGAGCCUCAGGGCUACCCGGGAGGACUCAAGCCUGCCGCCGAUACCGCUUCGGUGGAGGCUUCCCCAUCGGCAAGGAACACUGAGCCACCUCCCGCGGGGAGUAGCGCUCUAGCCGAGAAGCCCCCAACAGACGGUACUGGCACGCAGCGACUUGUCAGCCUGCGACUGAUCAAGAAAAUCUACAAGGCGGAGGUGGACGACAAGCAAUAUUCCUUUGCCGAGAUCGACGGCUGGACCUGCAAGAUACCCCCUCGACAGUACCGUGAGGGGGAGCUCGUCCUGUACUUCCAGAUCGACUCCUUCCUACCAGGCACUGACGACCGUUUCGGCAAGGGCUUCGGCAAAGCGAGGAAGCUCCAGAUGCUGGACGGAAAGCUGGGCCAGAGGAUCAAGACGGAGAGGUUUGGCAGCGGCGAGGACAAGAUCGUGUCGCAGGGCAUGGUCAUGCCGGUGCAGGCCUUCCCGGAGAUCUGGAAGAAGCUCGAGGUGGUGCGGCAGUUCAUCUCGAUCGGCCCGAUGGAGCGGAACGUGGAGCUGAUCAACCUGACCCUGCUGGUCAUGUACCGCGACAGGAACUGGGCGGAGGUGCUGGGCGUCAAGAAGUGGGAGGAGACGGCGGCGCAGCAGAAGCAGCCUGAACAUCGGCGCCUCGGAUCGUACCCGGGAGAAGUGUUGAGGCGAACGGAUGUGCCGCGGGUGGAGGACUGCCCGAACCUUUUCACAAAGCACAAAUACAACAGGCUGGUCUACCAGGAGAGCGUCAAGAUGGAUGGCGCUGCGAUGGUUGUCUACUUCGUCAAGAAGUCAUGCGCUCACUUCGACUCGCUCAACCCGCUGCCAGACAAGGUCGGGCCCAACACCGUGCUCGAGGGAGCCCAGGGAGCCCGAUUCGGCGUGUGCAGCAACAAGGUCGAGAAGAACGAGCUGGAGGAGCAGGGCCCCGGGGGGUUUCAGGGAGAGCUGUGCGGCGACAUGAUCCAGCGCAACCGCGAGGGCCUCCCGGAGGGCGAGCAGGACUUCUUUGUCUUCGCGAUGUUCGACAUCGACAAGCAGGAGUUCAUCGACCCCAGGGAUGUGGAGAUGAUAGCGAAGGAGCUGGGACUCAAGCAUGUCCCCGUGUUGGGCUACGUCAAGCUCACUGACAUCGCAAGCAGCCACCAGGAACUCAAGAGGCGCGCGGCACAGAGGAAGGGCGAGGGCCUGGUGUUCAAGUGCCUUGAGGACGGGCGACGGUUCAAGGUGAUCUCCCAUACGUACCUGCUGGAGCACGGAAUUUGA